CCCUGGUUACUUCCUCCUCCCACGUGCUUUUUGAUGUUGUAUUCAUACAGUUGAAACUAUACGCCUCUCAAACCGGCUCCGUUCUCUGAAGAACAGCAGAGGAGCCGAAGCCGGAGCAACUAGACCAUGAUUCACUCCAAUGGCUCCACAGUCCUCUGCUGCUGCUGCUGCUGCUUUGUCCAGAGCAGGGAGGUCAGCACCAACAUGGAGAUGAAGAGCGAAAGGUCUUUAUGCUUUUCCAGACGACACCCAGGAAAAGCCCGUCGGGAGGACAGGUCCAUGAAGAAGCUUCCUCAAACUCCUCCUGAAAACGAGGACAGCAACAGCUGGCAGACAGUUGUUGCCAUGUACGACUUCAUUGCCGAAGAGGACAGCGACCUCACGCUGGUCAAGGGUGAAGAAUACAUCAUCCUGCACAAGCAGGACCAGCAAUGGUGGAGGGCACAGGACCAGCAAGGGAACACCGGCUUCAUCCCCAGUAACUAUGUGACAGAGAGGAACAAAAUAGAAGCCAACCCAUGGUACUGCAAGAACAUCACCAGAACUGAAGCGGAGGAGCUGCUCAGACAGGAGGAUAAAGAAGGAGGCUUUGUGGUGCGGGAGUCCAGUCAGAGAGGAGUUUACACCGUCUCAGUUUACACCAAGAUGUUGAGCGUGGGCGUGGACAUUCGUCACUAUCUGAUCAGAAGGACUGAGAACGGUCAGUUCUACCUGGCAGAGAAAUACACCUUCAACACCAUUCCUGAAGUCAUACACUACCACGAACACAACGCAGCAGGACUGGUCACCAGGUUACGCUACGCAGUCGGGUCAGUGGUGAAGAACGUGCCUGCCACAGCCGGGUUCAGCUCAGUUAAAUGGGAGAUCGACCGCAGCGAGCUGACCAUCCUGCAGGAGAUUGGAAGCGGUGAGUUUGGUCUGGUGAAGCUCGGCCACUGGAGGAACAACCACAAAGUGGCUAUCAAGGCCAUCAGAGAAGGAGCCAUGUACGAGGAGGAUUUCGCUGAAGAGGCCAGGGUCAUGAUGAGGCUUUGUCACCCCAAACUGGUGCAGCUCUAUGGCGUCUGUCUACAACAGCGCCCCCUGCUGAUUGUGACUGAAUUCGUGGAGAAGGGCUGCCUGCUGAACUUCCUGAGGCAGAGAGGGAGGAGUCUGAAUGACAACUGGCUACUCUCCAUGUGCCAGGACAUCUGUGAGGGGAUGGAAUAUUUGGAGGUAAACAGCUUCAUCCACAGAGACCUGGCGGCCAGGAACUGUCUGAUCAGUGAGCACAACGUUGUGAAGGUCAGCGACUUUGGAAUGGCAAGGUACGUUAUCAACAACCAGUACACAAGUUCCAUUGGUGCCAAGUUCCCAGUGAAGUGGUCUCCUCCAGAAGUUCUUCACUACAGUAAAUACAGCAGCAAGUCGGAUGUCUGGUCCUUUGGCGUGCUGAUGUGGGAGAUCUACUCAGAAGGUCGGACCCCCUUUGAGAACCGGUCUAAUCCUGACGUGGUCACUGACGUCACCAGAGGGAUUCGGUUGUACCGGCCUCAACGAGCGCUCAUGCCGAUCUACACCGUCAUGUACCAGUGUUGGCACGAGAGGCCAGAGAGUCGACCGUCGUUCAGUGAGCUCCUGGAUGAAAUCCGAAAACUGGCAGAGAAACCAGCUACGUGAGAGCAUCCUAUUGUAUCUAGACUAUUUAUGUGUAAACUGUCUUGUAUUGUAUUUAAAAUGUCAUGUUCUUUCUCAGUCAGCACAGCUUGA